UCCUCCUCCUCCUCCUCCUCCUCGCCCUCCUCCUCCCACUUCCUCCGCACAAUGCAAGCAGCCUCCCGAGCGGGGCAGAAGCAGCCGCCGGCCCCCCCUUGCCGCCGACCCCCCCGGCCCGGCGCCGUAAGAUGCUCCCGGGGAGGCAGCGCCGCGAGGAAGGCCAGCUGACCUCGCCCACCACACAUCCCAGUCCCGCCACCGGCCGUGACGUAUAGAUGGCCGCGAAACGUCCCCCGGAGCCUCUGGACGCCGUCGUCUUCAACAAGCUGCCUCGGGUGGAUGCCGAGCCCGGCCCGGGCUUCCCCCCCGUGCUCUGCAAACCCAGCCCCGUGCCCACGGCCGGCUCCGAACACCACCUCAGCUACAAGGGCUCCUACUUCUCCUGCCCGCGCACCGAGGGCCCCCUCCUGCACUGCCUCCUCCACCGGCCCCGCAGCCCCCCGCCGGGCAGGCUGGGUGCUGAGCAGGGCGCGGACGCCUUGGUGUGGGACCUGCUGAUGGCACGGGACAAGUGGCCCGGCCACCAGGGCCACCCCUUCCCGAUGAAGAAGCCGGUGGCCGUCCCCAAACCGGUGUACGCGGCCCCGCUGUGCUUCACCCCGCUGGGCUCCCAGGGGGGGGACAGCACCCUGCAGAGGGCACCAGGGGCUGCGUCCCCCCACGGCGAGCCCUCCCGCAGGGGUCCCCACCCCGAGCCCAGCCUCCUGCCGCUGCCCCCGGCCUCCCCGGUUGCCUUCUCCCCCUAUUACGCUGCCUUCGAGAAAUACCGAGGCCCCUCUGCCUCGCACGACCUGACCAAGGUCCCCGAGCUCCCUGGCCGGAUCCAGGACCCCUGGCCCAAGCUCCGUGCCCCCGCUGGCAGCCCGGUGCACCGGGAGCAUCCCCCAGCGUGCUACCCGCAGCCUCCCUACCCACAUCCUCCCUUCCCGCAGCCUCCCUACCCGCAGCCCCCACGCGCAGAGCAGCCUCCGGGCUCCCUCUCCUCCUACAAAGCCCUCGGCUUCGCGGCCAGCGGGGAGCCUGCCCCUUUUCCCAGUGCUUACCUCAAACCCCAAACCCCCAGGACCUACUUCCCCAGCCCCUUGGAUGGCUUCGUGUCGAGGCCGGCUGGGCCUGGUGCACUGCCCUCACCAAAGGCCGCGGGGCUGCCCAGGGCUGCCGAGCCCCCGCUGCCCACCGGGUUCCUGCAUCCGAGCCCCAGUUUCGCCUUCAGCCCCAUGGAGGCGGCUUUGUUCGGUGUCACGGAGCACCAGGGGCCUGGGCGAGCAGUGGAGCCCCACGGAGGGAGGCCGGCGGCGAGGCCCGGCAGCGCCUUCCACCCCGUCCGCGCCCCGCAGAAGAUGCCCGAGGGACUCACAGGGACGUUCCCCAAGGGAGACGCCGGCUACGGGAUGGACGUGGUGGCCAAAAGCAGCCCCGUUACCCCCCAGCACCACCCGGGCACUGGGGAUGCUUGUAGGGUUGGGGACACUUGUAGGGUCCGGGAUGCUUGUAGGGCUGGGGACACAACCCAGGAGCCUGCUGGGGCCGCCUGUCCCCAGGAGAGGCUGAGGGACCUCAAAAGCGGGGAGAUGUCCGGGGAGAUGUCCCCUGCCUCGCCGCCGAUGCCGGUGAUCAACAACGUCUUCAGCCUGGCGCCUUACCGCGAGUACCUGGAGGGGACCGAGGCCUCCGCCGACGUCCCCGUCCCCAAGGAGCACACCCAGGGGGACACCUCGCCCCAAACAGCAGCCGGCACUUGGGACCCUGGUGCCGUCAAGGUGUCGGUGACGCCCAGCGAAGGGGAGGGCGCUGACCAAAAGGCGCCCCCCGAGGGGCCCAAGGCAAAGGCCGUGUCCCCAGAGCCGCCAGCCAAAAGCCAUGAGGGCAGUGAGGUGGCGCUGGACCUGAGCUUGAAGAAGAGCCUGGUGACAACAGGGGACACCCACCCAGACACCAGGCAGCCCCAGGAGGACAAAGAGGGGCCGCUGGGGAAGGUGGAGGAGAUGGGGGAGGACACUAAGCCCCCGGUGCCACCCCAGCUGGUGGAGGCCGUCUCUGGGGACAGGAGCCACUUCCAGAGCUCGGCCGCCUUCAUGUCCAAGAAAUACAAGAUCCUCAGGUCCUGGGGGCCGCCCCGUGCCCCCCAGCCCAGCCCCGUGCCUCGCAGCCCCCCUGGCUCCCCACCACCCAGCACCUCGGCCCCGCAGGGGACCUGCCACCGCCGCCUGACGCUGACGGACAUGCUCGUGCCCCAAGCUCCCCCUGUGCUGGGGGAGGACGGAGCCCCCCUGCCCGCCUGCUGUGAUGCCCCGGCCCGACAGGGCUUGGGCAACCCGUGCUUUGCUGCCCUGCACGCUGCCCUCUGCGAUGUCCUCGCCUGCUCGGUGGCCGGGUCCUCCCCGGAGCUGCUGCAGGAGUGGCUGAGGAGGACGGAGCCGGAGGAGGCGUUGGUGGAGAUGCCCAGGUCCCCCCCCAAACCCAAGAAUGGGGUCAGGCUCCCCGAGCCCCCCAAGCCCCCCAAGGGCAAGGAGAUCUGGCUGGCUUUCCAGGACGUGGCCGUGCUGCUCAGCAAGCUGCUGUCCCAGCUGGAGACCUUCAUGUUCACUCGCAAGUGCCCCUUUCCCCACGUGGUGCGGGCCGGUGCCAUCUUCAUCCCCAUCCACGUGGUGAAGGAGAAGCUCUUCCCCAAGCUGCCCGGCGCCUCCGUUGACCAAGUGCUGCAGGAGCACAAGGUGGAGCUGCGUCCCACCACGCUCUCGGAGGAGAAGCUGCUGAGGGACCUGGAGCUGAAGAGCUGCACCUCGCGCAUGCUGAAGCUCCUGGCUCUCAAGCAGCUCCCCGACAUCUACCCGGACCUGCUGAACCUCCUGUGGCACCACUCCAUCAGGCAGCAGCUCGGUAGGUAGCUUGGUGGCACCCCAAGCUCUUCCCUAAGGGGCUCGUGGAAGGAUGUCCCACCAAAAACCAAGGAUGCGCCACUGAAAAGUAAGGAUGUCCCAUCAGAAAUCAAGGACAUCCCACCAAAACUCAAAAUGUCCUGCCAAAAACUAAGGAUGCCCCACCAAAACACAAGGAUGUCCCACCAAAAAUUAAGGACAUCCCACCAAAACCAAGGAUAUUCCACCAAAACCAAGGAUGUGCCACCAAAAACUAAGGACACCCCACCAAAAACUAAGGAUGUCCCACCAAAACCAAGGACAUCCCACCAAAACCCAAGGUUGCCCCACCAAAAAGCCCCCCAAAAACUCCCAAGAGCAUCCUGCACAGGGACUGGGUGGUGACACAUGCCCACCACCACCUUCCUUCUCCCAGCCCCUUCCCCACCGCUCCUCGUUGGCUCUCCGAGCGCUCGGCCACCCGGCUUCCCGAAAUCUGCCUCCACGUGGCACGGACCGUGCAGAGAUGAGGAACCCCAACGCUUCUCCCAAGGAAGCCGAGCUCCUUCCAGGUGUCUCUGGAUGGGGACAAUCCCACCACCGCCGCCCCUCGUGUCCUCGUGCUGCAGCUGGAGGCCGGCACCGAGAGCCUUGUGUCGUACGGGGUGGAGGCCGGAGGCUGGCCAGUAGAAUUCGGCUUCACCCACUGACCGUGCUGGACCAAGGUGCAGGGAGCCAAGCUGUCGGGGUGCGAGCUUCAGCCCCGGAUGGAUGGAGAGAGGCUGCGAGGAAGAUUUGGGAGACUUUUAAUGCCAAAAACACUCCCAAAAAUGCUGGGGGCAUCCCAGGGACCCCCCGAUCCCCCGGACACUGCAGCCAGCCUUAUGCCCAGCCCCAGGGCCUUACAACCUCCGUGCUCAGGUGUUUCCAGCAGGGGAAGAACGAGUUAAAAUGAGGAUUAUCAUUUAUUAAUUAUUAUUAUUUUUUCACUACAGGAAUAUUUAUUUUAAACUAAGAAAAUGGGGAAAAAAAUGGGGAAAAAAAAACAAAACAAAACAACACCCAUGACUUUUCUGAGCCAAAUAGGGUGAUGUGGAAAGCAGCGUUUGCUGAUAAGCCUGCAGUUUGGUUUUAGGGAUCAAGGAAUCUCUGCUUUAUUUAAGGUUUUGUAAGACCUCCCGGAGGUGCCUCACCUCAUUAAAGGGCUCGGCUCAUUUUCCAA